CUCUCUCUCUCUCUCUCUCUCUCUCUCUCUCUCUCUCUCUCUCUCUCUCCGAGCCAUACCGGGAAAAACCACGACACCUUCUAGACCACAAUCUGCCACACCCUACUGUCUUUCUCUACACCAUUGAACCUCAGUUUCCCAAAAUCUGAGACAUAAUGGGCUUCUCAUCAAUAACAUCCUGGUUCUCGGGCAGCGGCUCUGCUGCUCCCCCUGCCGAGUCAUCUUCACCACCGUCACCUCCACCUACGAUUCCAGCAGCAGCAACAGCAUCAACAUCAUCAACAGUACCCGCUACACCUACAUCAAACACAACAACACCAAUGACUCCAACGACUCCAACGACCCCACCCGAGCUUCUCUCCCCCGCGACGCGCACGCGGAAACAACUCUCCCUUUUCUUCGGCGGCGCGACCUUCUUCCUCAUCUCCACGCUCAUCACCCGGCGAUCUCUCGCGAAACGGCGCCUCGCCAGCGCCCCGUCCUUCUACCACCCCAGCAAUGCCGCGCCGCAGGGCAAAGUCAACGGCGCCAUGGACGCGCUGGAAGCCCUCAACAUUGCGACCAUCAACGUGACCUCUCUCGGCAUCAUGACUGUCGGCGGCGCGCUCUACGCAUUUGAUAUUUGCACGCUGGACGAAAUGAGACGCAAGAUCCGCGGCGGGCUGGGCGUCGAUGGCACAGGCCGCUCGGCAGAACAAGCGGAGGAGAACAUCGAGGAGUGGAUUGCAAGUGUGAUGGCGCGCAAAGAGGACAAGGAGCGCAAACGCGCGGGGGACGAGGGAUUGGUCAAUGAGCGCGGCAAGGCGCGGUAGAGGGAAUUUUUUUCGGAUUCUUUGUUUUCUGCCUGUUGUUGUCUUGUGAAAUGGCUUGGUAGUGCCGUUUUUUUGUAUCAUAUUGGUUUUAUGACGAUGAAAAAAGGAGGACAUCAGAGCGAAAGGAAAACGGGAGCGGACUGCGUGAGUUGGAAGGGCUGUGGCAUCUCGCAUUGAGGAGCUCUUUGCAUUUUAGCUCUAUAUAUUACGGCGUUGAUUUUUGGAAGGUUUUGAAAUUGGGGGUAUUUGCAUGGUUGUACAUAUGUCGAAUAUGCUGCUUUACCGGCUGGAAUUAAAUAACACAUACUUCACUCUAAAUCACUUCUCAUUUAUUGCAGCUGGAGACGAAGUCAAUUCACUUCCUGCAUGUUUGCAUGAAAGGGGCAGGCAGUUGAUACUUUGUCAAUGCAAAAGAUAUAAUGAAAUAUGAUCAGGACGU